AUGGCCCCGAGGAAGCGUCACACGCCAACAACGGUCAACGAUGAGGCCCCAAAGAAACAACGACGGGUUAGAGAAGACUACCAUGAGAUGAUUGUUACACAACCAGCUCCAGCCAAGCAGCCGAAGAGAGUAGUACAAACCCGUGCAACACCAGCCGUGAAACAGGCAAAGCAGGUAUCACUGAGAUCGCGGAAGGGACCACGCGGUCAACGUCAAGAACAAACGCCGCAGUCUGAGAGAUCACUGAUGAGCUCCCCAACCGAAUCCGAGAUCAACGUCAUCGAGCCAGCAUCAUUCAUCGACGAACAGUCGAGAGAAGGAACAACCAACACCAAUGGAAGACAAGUCGACGGCGAUCAGUUAGGUACUGUGUUAAGAGAACAUGCGAGCGCACAAUCGAAUCCGAUAAAAAAUGUGAUAUUACAAUUGUCACAAACAUUGAUUAACACGAUGAACGCGAUCCGCGAAGGUGCUACAGAUGGUAGGAGCUCACGAGCUUCUGAAAACGUAGACUUUGAUAAAAAGUUACCGGAAUUCUCGGGAAAACCCCUACAAUGGAUGCACUUCGUCAAAAUGUACGCUAAAUCGGAAGCUAGCUUUAGCGAUCGUCGGAAUAUCGGACGGCUUGACAAAGCGUUAAAGGGCAAGGCGUACGAACUUGUGAGGACGCUCUUAGCAACGACCGAUAACCCGAGAGACGUCAUACGCGAAUUAGAGAACCAUUUUGGCCAAUCUUCGCUCAUCGCUGCAGAUAUCGUCAGAGAUCUGCAUAGCUUACCGAGUUUGAAAACGAGCAUGAAAGGUUUAGCGUUUUUCGCAACACAAUUGAAGAGCGGCGUUGAUACCUUCAAAAUUCUCAAGCUGAGCGGAUAUCUCCAUAGCCUCGAUUUAUUAUCUAGUGUAGCCAAGAAAAUACCGGAGUCGCUACAAUCAGCUUUCAAUCGGUUCGUGAACGAGGAACUCCGUGAACAUGGUGAUCUAUCGCCGUUAGAGAAGUUAGCGAAAUUCAUAGCGAGAGAGUCGGAGCUCAACAUACGCGCGGGCGUAUUUGACAUCAAUACUUCUGCCAAUGACGACGGCACUUCAAAGAAGUUGACGAGAGGUGCGAGAGGCGGUAUCAUCUGUGCGGCGGUCGACCUAGUAGGCGAGAAAGAGGACGGAACAACUGUCGAUUCAUCGGACAAAUGCGGCUAUUGCGGUAGACGCAGUCGUCGUGUGAGAGAAUGUCGCGAUUUCUUACAUGAAAGCACGAAGCGUCGGUGGUUUUUAGCUAAGAAGAUGGGGGUUUGCUACAAGUGUUUCGAGAACGGGCACUCACGAUCAGAAUGUAGCUCCAGGACCGUCUGUGAUGUGUGCCGCAAGCACCACCAUACCUUCUUACACUUCCACAAUCGGAGCGACAAUCGAGACCAAGUUGAUCGCAGGGACGAGCGUGAACGUUCGAAUCGCAAGGAACAAUGGUCGUUUGGAGAACAACAAAUCGAACACGCGCUUAUCAUCCCAUCAUUGAACCUGCCGCUACAAUCACUGUCGAAGGAACUCGCCCGACGCGUGCGAGAAAAGGAAAAUAUAGAAAUAUUACCCUAUCACGACGCGCCCCUGCACAUUUUGAUCGGACAAGACAACUGGCGCCUAUUAGAGAGCGACAAUGUAAGGAAAUUAGAUGGAAAAGGUCUUAUCGCGACGCACUCACUACUCGGCUGGUCGGUACACGGUUACGUCGAGGACCGGGAAGGCACGGAUAUCAUCACGUCGGUUACAACCACGUGUGUUAUCGAAGAUGAACCCGAAAGAUCCGCGGAACUUGAGCAACAAAUUAGGAACUAUCUAGAGUUAGAGAAUCUUGGCGUGGUGAAAUUGGACCAAAAGGAUGUAAAGAAUGAACGCGCAUGGGCGAUCUUAGAGGCGACUUCACGAAUAAGGGGUUGCGAAUGGGAAACAGGUUUGCUCUGGAAAUCGGGUUUGAUGCCGGACGUAAAUAGUAAGGCGACAGCGCUCAAACGGCUGUAUGCGCUUGAAAGAAAGCUCGACAGGAAUCCAGAAUUCGCAGAACGAUAUUACGCCGAGAUGGAGCGAUUCAUUGCAAACGGGUACGCGGAAAAGGUCGAAAAACACGUCAAGAGACCAAGGAGAUGGUACCUACCGCAUCAUGGCGUGGAAAAUGCGAACAAACCCGGGAGAACUCGCAUGGUACAUGACGCGGCUGCAACGACAAACAGUAUAUCGCUUAAUUCGUUACUGGAACCCGGCCCGGAUUUGUUAAAGUCACUGCUUGGGGUGCUACUCCGUUUUCGUCAAUUUCUUGUCGCUGUAAAAGGGGAUAUCAAAGACAUGUUCCUCAGAAUUAAAGUAAUAGAGCGAGAUCGCGGCGCUUUGAGCUUUUUGUGGCGUGGUAGAGAUCGUACUUGCACGCCAGAGACGUGGGAGAGUACAGGCUUGAUUUUCGGAGCGACAUCGUCUCCAACUAGCGCUAUAUACAUAAAAAAUUGGAACGCGCGACAAUUCUCGGAUUUGAAACCCGAAUCCGUGAAGAGUAUAAUAGAAAAUAGUUAUAUGGAUGAUUAUUUGGCAUCCGGGAAGUCCGUCGAAGAAAUGCGAGAACGUGUUCGCGAUGUAAUCGAAAUAAACAAGGAGUCCAACUUUCACAUGCACGGAUGGGCGUCGAAUGAACCAAGCGUUGUCGCGGAUGUACUCGAUAAUAAUAGAUUAGGUAGAAGAGAACAGGCAAACCUCUGCAACAACGAAGAAAAGGUUUUAGGCCUUUAUUGGGACUGUAGCAAGGACACCUUUAGAAUCAACAUCAGUCUAAAUAAAGUUCGCCUGGAAAUACGACAAGGAAAAGAACGGCCGACGAAACGCCAAUUCUUCGGAAUUACAAUGUCCGUGUACGAUCCACUCGGGCUUAUCGCGCCGUUUACAUUAUAA